AUGGGCCGUCUUGGCCAACUGCUAAAUUCGACAGCAGGUUUGAGCAUCUGCCUCCUCAUUCUCACUCUUGCUGGUGCCUACAUUUUCAACAAAGUUGAAGGAGCCGCGGAAAUUAGAACUCGGAUACAAGCUGCCAAGGCCCGUCAAAGGAUCUUCGUUUUGGCUCAAGAACUCGCCGACGAGGGCGAUGACGCCGAUUGGUCGAAGCUGGUUGCUCAAGUGGACAAAUACCGCAAUAAGCUACUGCAGGCCUGGAAGGCCGGAAACGACGAGUUGGGCGCCGAGAUCAAGCCUCCGUCGUGGAGUUUUUGGGGCAGCCUCUACUACUGCAUUACACUCUUCACUACAAUAGGUACUACUGGAUAUGGCAACGUGUUUCCAAGCACAACCACUGGGAGAAUUGUUACCGUAUGCUAUGGGCUGAUUGCAAUUCCUCUGUGCUCCAUGGUGAUCAACCGAAUAUCCAAGGCAAUAGCCCGCCUCCUCAAGGCCAUCUAUUUGAUGACCCUUGACACCAGUGGCAUUCCUAUCGGUCUACGCGAUGCCUACCACCGAGCAGGAACGGAUUUCGACUUUUCACUCAUCACAAGUUUCGGACUGCUCGUGAUAUAUGCAAUCUUCAGCGGCGUGGUCUACUGUUGGGGGAUCGGUGAGACCGCCUCAGCAUGGAGUCCUCUUGACGCAGUCUACUUUGCCUUCAUCAGUAUCACCUCCAUCGGACUGGGAGAUAUUGUGCCCUCCUCUGAUGUCUUCCUUAACCUCGCUUCGCUGGCCUACAUCUUUGUGGGUCUUGCCCUCAUGAACCUCUUCUUCACUCGCCUCAUUCAGCUCACCGAGGCACAGCUAGAGCGCAUUGGCGGCAGUGCUACCGAUGUCGUUGGCGCCUCGCAGGUUGGAAGUGGCAACCAAAUGCAGUCGCGGUAUGCUCUUGGAGCGAGUGGCAGAUUUGCUGCGAGUGCACUGGCCAACAGCACCACGCCGAACUAUCACUAG